CUCUCUCUCUCUCUUUCUCUCUUUUUAAAAUUCUAAUGACGCUUGCAGAAGAAGUAGAUCCAUUUCGUUUUCGAGUAUCUCCUUUUAUUGAAUUCAAUGAAGGCCAGCUUGAUACACUUAAAGUCAUUUUAGAUACUUUUAUUGCACCCUUACCUAAACACCAAGAAGAUACCUUGGUUGAAAAACUGAAAGAGACUCAUUCACCUUCAGAAAUUCGUCAGUUUUGUCAAUUAACAAAUACUUCACUACAAACCUUGGACUCUAUCAAGAGUUUCAUUAAUCGUACCGUUUUACCUGAUAAACGUAAAGAGCUAUUAAUGAUAUUGUCCUUAUUAUCUACAAGGGCAGGUACAUUUGCUUUAACAGGUUACUUUGAUGAAUUUAAGAAUUUAUCAUUAGAAGACCGUGAAAAGAUAUUUUUGAAUUGGAAAAAUUCUUAUCUACCUCAAUUAAGACUUAUUUAUAAAACUUUCCAUUCCUUAUCGUGUCAUCCAGCAUUUGCCAGUCAUUCAAAGGAAUUAGGUGAAGCUAUGCAUUAUAAUAACUUGAUCAAAGAUAAGAAAUACGAUAAUAUACCUGAAAGGUUAAAUAUGUUGAAUCCUGAAGAGAUAAAGGAGAAUAUGAGAUUUGAUGUGAUUAUUGUGGGUAGUGGUGCUGGUGGAGGAGUAAUUGCUAGUCAAUUAGCAAAGGCAGGAAAAUCGGUUUUAGUUAUUGAAAAGGGCGCAUAUCAUCAUGAAAAUGAAUUUAUCGCUGAUGAAUCAAAGGCAUUUGAAAAUUUAUACGAAACUGGUGGUUUUGCUCCAAGUUAUGAAGGUUCAAUUAAUAUAUUGGCUGGUAGUGUUUUUGGAGGUGGUACAACGGUGAAUUGGUGCGCUUCACUUAAACUUCAACACUUUGUACGUGAAGAAUGGGCUAAACAUGGAUUGUCCUAUUUUUUAUCUCCAAAGUUUGCUAAGGACCUUGAUUAUGUAUUUGAAAGGAUUGGAGCAACUACUGAAGGCAUUGUUCAUAAUAAAACGAAUCAAGCUUUAAUUGAUGGUUGCAAAACUCUGGGCUAUCCAGUUGCUGAUAUUCCACAAAAUACAAGUGGUCGACCUCAUGAAUGCGAAUUUUGUUUUACAGGUUGCAGAGCUGGUAUCAAGAACGGUACGGUGAAUACAUGGCUUCGUGAUGCGGAUGAACAUGAUGCAAAAUUCUUGGUAAAAACUAAAGUUGUUCGCGUAUUAAUUAAGGAGGGUAAAGCGAUAGGUGUUGAAUGUCUUGUGAAUUAUGAUCGCAAAGUCAGAAUAAUGGCUAAUGCUCAAGUCGUUAUCGCUGCCGGUUCUUUACAAUCACCUGGUAUCUUAUUGAGAAGUGGUUUAAAAAAUAAAAACAUUGGCCGUCAUUUGAAACUUCAUCCGUGUUCUAUCACCUUUGGUUUCUUUGAUCAUGAGAUUCGUACCUUUGAAGGCUCUAUUAUGACAGCCGUGAGUACAGUUGCUGAGAAUAGCGUUGAGAAGGAUGGUUACGGCGUCAAAUUGGAGGUACCUUGUCUUCAUCCUGGUAGCUUCUCAACUGUCAUUCCUUGGAGAGGUGCAGCAAACCAUAAAGAACUUAUGAUGCGAUACGACCGAUGUGCUCCCAUCUUAAUCUUGGCUCGAGAUAAAGAUUCAGUAGGUGUCGUUCGAUAUGAUGAGAAAGAAAAUGUCAUUGUGGAUUAUACUUUAUCCAAUCGUGAUCGUCAAUCGUUAUUAGUAGGUAUUGAUUAUUCUUUAAAUAUCUUGGUUGCUGCUGGUGCUCGUGAAUUACAUACGGGUCAGUUUGGCGUAGAUCCAUUUGUAUUUGAAAAGGGAGAAGAAUCUCGUAUUGAUCAUCCUCGUUACAUUGCUUGGAAACAAAAGGUAAUGGCAUAUGGUUUCCCUCAAGAUGGUGCUGGCGUCUUCUGUGCUCAUCAAAUGGGAUCUAAUCGGAUGGGUAUCUCUCCAAAGGUAUCAGUCGUUAAGCCUACAGGUGAAACAUGGGAAGUGAAAGAUCUAUUUAUUGCUGAUGCAUCUGUAUUUCCUACUGCUUCAGGGGUUAACCCAAUGGUUACAGUGGAAACAAUUGCUUUACAUAUUGCUGAUUGCAUUUUAAAUAAGGACACAAGUGCAAAACUUUAAUUAUAAAUACGAUAACAAAUAUUAUAUUAUAUACGUUUAUUUAUUUAUAUG